CCGAGUUUGCCCAGUUAUAAACGCAUCUCUCUUCUUAGAUAUACCUUGUGUGGUUCUCUUCUGCAUUGCUUUCUACACUUCCCAUAGUAGGACUAUUUUAGUAUUUUCUAGGAACAAGACAAAAUCAUAUAUACCUUUGUGUUUGUGAGGUUGUUUUUGAUUUCUUUCUUAAACUAUAUCUUCCUAUUUUGGAUUCUUAAGCUACAUUUCUCUCCAUGGAACCACUUUUUUAAGGCACAAAAACUAUCUCCUUCGUUUUUGUCUAUCUAUCUAUCUGUCUGUCUAUCUUUAUCUUCGUUCUUUUUCAGGGUUUCAGUUACGAAAAGAGGCCAAGAAAUGAGAAACAUGUGGAAUUUGGCAUAAACCCUUUUUGUAUUAUUAAUAGCUCUUUCUCACAUAGAAGUACUACUACUUCUUGUAAAGCUUUUUUUUUUUUUUUUUUUUUUGCUUUUGAAUUAGUAGGGAAUGGAUGUUAUGAAGGAAAAGUGGAGGAAAAAUCUGAUUGUGAAGACAUGGGAGCGGUGCAAAUCGUUUGGUGGAGGCAACAAGAAGAAGCAAUAUUACUAUGAUGAUAAUAUUAACUCAUUGACAAAGAGCAGAUCGUGGAGCUAUGAUCACACCAAGCCAUCUGAUAAGGAAGAAAGGCAACAAAAAAAGAAGUGCAAGGUGGCUCCUGAUGGCUGUUUCUCAGUGUAUGUUGGACCCCAAAAGCAAAGGUUUGUGGUCAAGACUGAGUUUGCUAACCAUCCAUUGUUCAAGAUGCUGCUAGAAGAUGCUGAAUUGGAAUAUGGGUACAAUAGUCAAGGCCCUAUUUUGCUUCCUUGUGAAGUGGAUCUGUUCUAUAAAGUGUUGGCAGAGAUGGACUGUGGAGAGGAGGUUAGGCUUGGUUGUAACUUUGCUAAAGGUUAUAGUCCAUUAAUACUUCGAAGUCCAGCUCGGCGUUCGAUUUCUGGUGAUUUCAACGGCUGUGGUGGGGGAUAUAGGCUUCUAAGCCCUUCGAGAAUGCUUAAGAUGAAUCAAUUGUAACUAUGUACAGGUAUGGUUGUGCACACAUAUAGUCUGUAUUUAAUUACUAUUUUGGUUAAGGUGUGCAAAUCAUAAGGUUAUAUGGAGCAUAUAUAAGUUUCUAAGUCCUACACAAUUGCUUAAGAUGAAGCAAUUUUAGCCUAGUAUAGAAGUAUCUUUCUGCAUAUGCAGUUCUUUGAUGUGCAAAAGGUUGUGGUACAUAUAGGCUUAUAAGUCCUUGGUGAAUGCCAAAGUGAAACAAUUUUAAGGUAUGGCUUUGUGCA